AAUGUCAGUGGCUGCAUACUGUGUAUUUUGCUACAGAAAAAUAGGAACCUCUGGCUCAGCCACAAAAAAACCAUGGAAUGAUAUCAGAAAAAUUGCAAAGGUAACUGGAUCACUUAUACUAGGAGGUUUUGUGUUCAUUACAUAUGAAGUCCUGUCCUUAAAUAAGUUACUGCAAAUCGAUACUCAAGCUCUCCAUCAAGAAAAACUUAAAUCCUAUGUAUACGUACGUACAGCUUCUCUAAGUCCAAGUGAAUAUCAAGGGAUUACGUACAAAGCCAGAAAAGAAAUCCAUAAAGCAGUGAGGAGAAUUCUAGAAACAGAAGCUAAAAUCUUCCGGAGACCUUUUAAUGAACAAUUCAGUACCUUUGAUGGAGAAGAUCAUGAGUGUGCCUUAUGGCUUCUCUUAAAGAGAAGUCAGUCAGAAGACAAAGCAAUCCGACUGCAGGCUGUACAAGAUCUGGCAAGCAACAGUCACUGGCAUGAUUAUCAGUAUGGCACAGUUGCUCAAACCUGUGAUCAAAGGACUGCUAUAGGUUUGGCUCGAUCCAAAGAUGUUGACCUUCGCUUUUUCCUGCCUCCACCACCACUGCCAAAAAUAAAGACUGAUUAUCCCAUUGAAGAUGAACUUCGCUUGUUGUUGGUAUCUUUACCUCAGUCUGGUCUUGAUCCAUGUGUCCAGUACUUCACAUCACUUGCCUUACGUGAAAGUAGCCAGACUCUUGCUGCACAAAGGGGAGGCUUAUGGUGUUUUGGAGGAAAUGGACUUCCAUAUUGUGAGACAUUGAGUAAAAUCCCUUCAGAGACAGUGGAACUCUUCUGCUUGCAGGCUUUAGUACAGCAUUCUAAGAUUUCUUCUCACUGUGAUAAAAUUGAAGCUAAAGGAGGCCUCCAGCUACUGCAGAGGAUAUACCAGCUACGUAAAGAUUCAGCAAAGAUACAGAGGAACAUAAUCCGCAUUAUUGGGAAUAUGGCUUUGGAUGAACGUCUUCACUCAUCCAUAGUACGUGCAGGUUGGGUUUCUGUACUUGCUGAAGUAAUGAAAUCCCCACACGUCAUUCAGUCUUCUCAUGCAUCCAGAGCUUUGGCUAAUCUAGACAGGGACACGGUGAAAGAAAAAUAUCCAGAUGGUGUUUAUGUCUUACAUCCGCAAUAUCGUAGCAGCCAGCCUAUCAGAGCAGACAUCCUUUUCGUUCAUGGUCUUUUGGGAGCAGCAUUUAAAACCUGGCGACAGCAGGACAUCGACCGGCGUUCGGAUAAAAAGGCUUCAGAAGGGGAAGAGGACUAUAGUCAGUGCUGGCCAAAGACAUGGCUUGCUUCAGACUGUCCUUCCCUUAGAAUCAUAUCUGUGGAGUAUGACACCCAUUUGAGUGACUGGAAAGCAAAAUGUCCUGUUGAGGCUCACAGGAAGUCUAUUGCUUUCAGGAGCGGUGAGCUGCUUGACAAGCUCAAAGCUGCUGGGAUUGGAGACAGACCUCUGGUGUGGGUAUCCCAUAGCAUGGGUGGUCUUCUAGUCAAAAAGAUGCUGGUGGAUGCUUCCAAGAAUCCAGAAAUGGAUAAAAUUGUAAACAACACCAGAGGAAUCGUGUUUUAUAGUGUACCUCACCAUGGUUCCCAGCUGGCUGAAUAUUCUAUAAAUGCCAGAUAUCUUCUCUUCCCGUCUGUGGAGGUUAAAGAGCUCAGCAAGGAUUCUCCUGCCCUUAAAGAGCUGAAUGAUGACUUCUUGUCUUUUGCCAAAGACAAGAAAUUUUCAGUGCUGAGUUUUGCAGAGACCCUACCAACACACAUAGGCAGCAUGAUAAAACUGCAUGUUGUACCUGUGGAGUCAGCAGGUGGGCUGCAUAGUGUUUCAGAUGCUUCUGCAAAUUCCAGACAUUUUCUUCUUUAAAAAGCCAAGAAAGUUUGUAAACUGCAAAUGGAAGGAAAAUGUCACAAAACUGGUUUUCAGUGUUAAGAAUCCUUUACCUUCCACAUCUCAUGAGCUCCAGCAAUAGAGUUUGCCUCCUGAAGAGUUCCCUCCAUCUUUUUGCCUUUUGUAGGAGAAGGGGAAAACAGAUUUUUUUUCCCUUUUUUUUUUUUUUAAUAUAUGUUCAACUUACAAAACUGUUUUAACUCUUAUCUUUUCAGUUUUUCUUUUGCACUGCCUAAGGUAUCUGUAAAGCCAGAACCCAUUGCUUUGUUAGGUUUUAGACCAAGCUUUUCACCAGCUAAAUCCACUAGCUUGAUUGCAAGGUCAGGUGCUCUGAAAGACUAGGACUACACAUCCCUGUUUUUCUGAGUCACUAUUUAGCAGUAUUUUUACAAUAUGUCCUCUUGAGCAGCAGUGUUUUGUAAAAAUGUUGCUGAUGCAAUUUUAUUGGCAAGGACUGAAAAACUGGACUGUUUUUUUGUUAUUAUUUAGCAAAAUAAGGUCAAAAAGAGGGCUGAAUAACAGAGCCCAAAUGAGCACUGUGCACUCGUGAUUUCAUAGCACUCUCCUCUUCUAAGGAUGACACCUAGUGCAGCACAUGAGUGCUCUUGAAAACCUUUAGAGGGCAUGUGUCAGUUCCGUAGCAGGCCACUCACCCUGUUCAAAACACAGGCUGACAAGCAGGAAGCUCCCUGUUUCUUGCAUGUUUGCUUGGGCAUGUGAAAGCAGAGCUUCAUCCUGCUCUGGUGUAAUUUUACGUAGUUAAAGAUACAGAAGUCAAAGCAAAAUAGAGGAUUUCUCUAGAUACUGAGUGAAUAGACAGUAAUGUAGCGGUCCCAGCAUCCUAACUGGAAAGUUAGUAGUGAUGACUGUCAAGAAAAGAAUAAAUGCUGUAGUGUGCCCAAAAACAGUACCUGAAAAUGGAAUAUUUGUAAAUAUUUCAUUUGCCUGGAAAUGUGUGUAGUGUUUUGCAGCAUAUUUCAGGUUCAUUCUAGUCCAAAUUUUGUUGUCUAUGUUGCAAAGUAAGCAAUAUGGGUAAUUAGUGGUGAUCAGAUUCAAGAUACCACACAUUAAACUACGUCCCUGAUUAUAUCAACACUUAAACCUCAGUCAGGACUGUGCUAUUGAAGUUCUGUUUCAGCAAAGUUAUCUGUAUGGAGAAAUGUACAUUUGUGUAUUUCAAACAAAGACAGUAGAACUCUGCCCUAAUGGUGUAGUGUGCCAGUGUGGGUUUUGUGACAGCACAGAGCUCUAUCAGGCCAUAACUGUGUGGACUGAUGCUUUUAGCACAUGAAAAAAUAAUGACGAACAAAGAGUUUUACUGAAGAUAGGAGAGGUUGCUUUUGAGAGAGAAAUUGCUAAUGCAAGAUGUUCUUUUCAGUCUAGGUCAUCUUAUGAACUCUGAUAGGUUUUUUGGUUUUUUUUCCCCCUU